AUGCUCUCACACGCCGACCUCCUGGACGCUCGCCUGGGAAUGAAGGAUGCCGCGGCUGAAUUACUCGGGCACCGGGAGGCGGUGAAGUGUCGGAUGGGACCCGGAGGCUCUGAGUCGGGCCACCCAGGCGAUUGCCCACCAGGGUCAGACACGGUGGAGGGUGCGACCCUCCUUCCGGGGGAAAGCAUCGCAUCGGCUGGAUCGAACCCGGGAGGAGGCGGCGGCGGUGGCGGCGGCUCGGCCAGCGGCAAAGACGCGGAGAAGCAGCAGCAACAGCAGCAGCAACAGCAGCAGCAACAGAGCCAGCAGAAACAGAAGAGGCACCGGACCCGCUUCACCCCAGCUCAGCUCAACGAACUGGAGCGGAGCUUCGCCAAAACCCACUAUCCGGACAUCUUCAUGAGAGAGGAACUGGCUCUGCGAAUCGGCCUCACCGAGUCCAGGGUGCAGGUUUGGUUUCAGAACCGCCGCGCCAAGUGGAAGAAGCGAAAGAAGACCACUAAUGUAUUCCGCGCCCCUGGCACAUUGGUGCCUACGCCAGGACUGCCCCAGUUCCCAGGCGCCAGCAUGGGCGACAGCCUUUGCUCUUUCCAUGCCAAUGAUACCCGCUGGGCCACGGCAGGCAUGGGGGUCUCGCAGCUGCAGCUGCCCCCAGCUCUGGGUAGGCAACAGGCCAUGGCUCAGUCUCUGUCCCAGUGCAGCCUCGGAGGCCCGUCCAACUCCAUGAGUCUUUCCAAUAGCCUCACUGGCGCGAACGGCGGCGGCCUGCAGUCCCAUCUCUACCAGCCCACUUUCCCUGGCAUGGUGCCCGCCUCCCUGGCCGGCCCCGGCAACGUGACGAGCGGCUCGCCGCAGCUCUGCAGCUCCCCGGACAGCGACGUGUGGCGGGGGACCAGCAUUGCCUCCCUGCGCCGUAAAGCACUCGAGCACACAGUCUCCAUGAGCUUCACCUAA